UUUCUCUGCCGCAACAGACAAGUCGCUGUGUGAUCCUCGGUCUGUGUAGCUUGAACCGCUGAGGGGGAAUCAGUAUAUUGGAGUGAUACAAUGCUACCUUUAUCAAUUAAAGAUGACGAAUACAAGCCAGCCAAAUUCAAUCUGCUUUUCAAGAUGUCGGGAUGGUUCAGAUCAAUUCUUUCUGACAAGACGUCCAGGAACCUGUUCUUUUUUCUGUGUUUAAAUCUGUCCUUUGCGUUUGUGGAAUUACUGUACGGAAUAUGGAGUAACAGUUUAGGCCUUAUAUCAGAUUCCUUUCAUAUGUUCUUUGACUGUACGGCCCUCUUGGCAGGAUUAGCAGCUUCGGUAAUUUCGAGGUGGAGAUCCAAUGAUGCAUUCUCAUAUGGGUAUGUGCGAGCGGAGGUCUUGGCCGGCUUUGUAAACGGCCUCUUCUUAAUCUUCACAGCCUUUUUCAUCUUCUCAGAAGGAGUGGAGGUAUGCUGUGUGUCUAAAGCCAAUGCAAUGUACCAACCAAUUUGGGCUAGGCUCUUUUGUUUUCAAACAGAUGAACCCUGCAGUCCACCAGCAAAAGGCCCCAACAAGCAGAUCUUACAAGGAAUCUUCUUGCACAUUGUAGCAGACACCCUUGGAAGUGUUGGUGUAAUCAUAUCUGCUUUGCUGAUGCAGAAUUAUGAUCUCAUGAUAGCAGACCCAAUCUGCUCCAUGAUAAUCUCCUUACUUAUAGGAGUAAGUGUUGUUCCGCUGCUCAGAGAAUCUAUUGGAAUACUAAUGCAGAGGACCCCUCCUUCACUGGACCAUGUUCUCCCAGAGUGUUACCAGCGGGUCCAGCAGCUCCAAGGAGUUUACAAUCUGCAGGAGCCACACUUCUGGACCCUUUGUACCGACGUUAACAUUGGAACUCUGAAGCUGUUAGUAGCCCCUGAUGCGGAUUCCCGGUGGAUUUUAAGUCAGACGCACAACAUCUUCACCCAGGCAGGAGUUAGGCAACUUUAUGUACAGAUUGAUGUUGCAGCUAUGUAGUGAGACUUACAUUGGACUCCUUGGACCAAAGCCUUCCUGGUACUGUAGUAAUCAAUGCCAUCUGUCCGUCUGGCAUUAAACACCUCUGUCAAGAAAGAGGGACCAAGCUGGACAUGCAUAUGCUCUGGAUGCCUCGGAAGUUAUUUCUUUUGAAGAAACUUGCCAUUGAAAUAAUAUGUAGAACACAAUUGUUGGACUUUUUUGUCUUUUUACCUGCACCCAUAGAACAGUCUCAAUUAUGAUUUAUUUUUGUAUAAUUAUGAUUCUCAACCAUACAGUAGUAUUGUUAUUUGUAUUAUUAGGUUAUUACAUUUUGUACACCAUAUGCUUAGCAGAGUCUCCAAAACUGAUAAUUCCUGUAGACAUACAUAAAAGAAAAAAAGGGAUUUUUUUUUUUUUUUUUUUUUGUAAAUAACACCUCAAUAGCUGAUGUCCUGAUAUGUAAUUCAAAUGUUUGUAAUCUGUUGUUUGCACUUUGCAGACUUUAUGAGCCAAACCAUAUUGGGUUUUCCAAGUGCCUUUUGACCACUAUGAUUAUGGACAAUCUGGGCUGGGCAUUAAGACAUGGCCUGUUUUAAUCUGAACUCUUGGAUGAGAUUUAACAAACAGAUGAUGGGGUGGUGGAGAGGUUUUGAAAAGCUAUUCUCAUCUAUUUGAUACUGAAUGAAGUAGCUUUUUUCUCUCUUUCUCGCUCUCUUUUGUUACAUAGUUCAGAUCUACAGCAGGGUUACGACAAAACGUUUAUCCACUGCUAUGGUUCUUAACAUGGCUACAGCUACUUGAUUUCAUGACAAUUCCACGUUACCAUUUUUAAACACAAACAUCCCUGGGGGCAGUGCACACUUGCUUAAUUGAGUUUUAUUGCACAUCUGUGUUGUCCCAUUAAAGGGAUAAACGUUAAAACAUAUGUGCAGAAACAGAAAUUCAGAUUUUGAUGAUUUUAUUUUCCUGUUGUAUGUUGAUUAAACAAACUUGGGUGUAUAGAUGACCGACUCUCUUUUUGCAAUAAAAAAGGUUAUCAAACAUGGUGA